AGAUCUAGAUCUAGGUCUCUAAACUUACCUUGUGAAACGGAUCCAGUUGUGAAUGAACUUUCUCUUCUUCGUUGGGAGUUCAAUGAGAAUCAUCGAAGGAACUUUGGAUUUCUGUGAUUACGAGGAAUAAUAGAAUAAUAGACUGUCGACGAGUGCACGGAAUCUUGGGAUACACACCUACGUUUCAAGAUGGCGACGCGUUAUAUUUCGGAGAUCCACGUGCCCAUCAAGAAGGACGACAUGAGCUUCCAAGACCGCCAGAUCAAACAGUGGGGCGAGAUGGAGACACGCAUGCAGGAGCGACGGAAGUUAUGGGAAGACGAGUUCGAUCGAAUGCGCCGGGACUUCUUCACCUUGAAGCCCGCGGAGAAAUCCCCUCAGGCCUUGGCCUCCAUCAACCUAGACACCGGCAUGAAGAGCAUGUUUGAGGCGGACGCCGACGGGGUUCAAAGGUUCAAGGUCAGGUUCGAGGUCAGCGAGUUCCAGCCCGAGGAAAUACAAGUGAAAGUCCAGGAUAACAAGUUGAUAGUGAAUGCCAGACAUGAAGAGAAAUCAGCACAAACUUCUGUGAGCCGGGAGUACAGUCGUCAAGUUGACAUUCCAAGCAGUGUAGACCAGGAGAAGAUGCAGUGUGUCCUCAGCAAAGACGGUAUCCUCAGCGUUGACGCGCCCACCACGCAGCCAUCCCUCACCGGAAGCGACGCCAUCUUCCCUGUCAAGUCUUCACCUCCAGUGAAAUCCUUGGACGUAGCGACCCCAGUGAAAAACCCCAUCAUCACAGAAGCUGAUGGUUCCAGAAAACUUAGGCUACAGGUUGACAUUGGAGAGUUUAGCCCAGAAGAUGUGGUUGUCAAGACCAUGGACAGGAAGUUAAUCGUGCAUGCUGAACAUGAGGAGAAGACAGCAGGACGUACACUACACAAGGAGUUCAACAAGGAGUAUGACUUGCCAGAAUCCGUAGAUCCAGCAACCAUCCAGGCGUACAUUGCUGAUGACAAAAAGCUGACCAUUGAAGCACCCCUCAAGCCUGCCCAAAGAAAACUCUACUCCGUCACACAGAGCCAGGAUGUUAGGAAAGUAGUGGUUACAAAAGAGUCAUCAGUCACCAUCACAGACGGACAGAACAGACCGGUGGUCACCAUAAGCGUGCAUCGGAAGUGAUAGACUCAUUAUUAUUUUUAUGUUAUUUAUACAAAAUUCUACAAGUUGUAAUUUUAAAAAAAACUCUCUCUCAUCAACAUUCGCCUGAAAGGAGCUCAUGUUGUAGAGAAAUAAGUAUAUGUUUACAACUCAGUGCUGAAUUUAAGAAGAAGAUAAAUUACCUAUAGGGUUAUUUCCUAUAAAAAGUCGUAAUGCUCCAUACAGUUCAGAUAUUGAAUUAUCUUAGAAUUGCUAUAAUUGUUGUACAAAAUUUAGCUAAUGUAAAGAUUUAGCCUAUCUUGUUGUGUGCAAGUUGACAGCUGUUUUUUGCGUGUGGUCUUUACUUUCAGUCUGAGACAGGGUAACCCUAAAAAUGUAGAAAGUGCUAUGCCUGCAAUUGUUCCUGUGCGUAAUUAUUUAUGAAAUUUUCAUUAUUUAAUUUUUCUUCAUUCAUAAAAGUCACCUAUCUCUCUAUCUCUCUCUCACUUUCAUGAGCUUCACGAACAGACAAGUGUGCGAACACACAUGCAAACACACAUACACGCACACACACACACACACACACCCGCACACACACACACACACUAACACACACACUAACAAAUACACACUUCCAUAGUUUCCCCAAAUCUUAAAAAAAUUUUAAUAAUGAAGGCAAAUAAUUAGAUAAGUACUAAGCCAUGGCUGGGAGCAGCAACAACAACAAACACCGUUGCUGCUACACAAGACAAAUGAAAGUGGAAGUCCAUGAUCGCGCACGCCGGUCGGCAAGGCACCGGAUGAUGAUGAUGAUGCAUAGGCCUACAUGAUCCAUGUCCCGCGAUGGAAUUUGCAUCUUCAUAAAAUGCAACAAGGCCUCUUUAUGUAAUGUAUACUCUGUGUGAGUUAUGCUGAACUGUACUGUCAUCAAUUAUUCUCUAGUGUACAUUGCUAAAUUACAAAUCUUUUCUUGAAACAGUGGUCCAAAUCAGGUGUUGAACUACAGUUUAUUAUACAUUCUGAAAUGAGGAACUUUAUUACGGCAGUUGAGCUCACCAUAAUCUAUGUGCUAUUCACAAACUAUAUCAAAAUAUCUUCCACUUUCAGCAAUACUUGUAAACAUGCCUCAACCAAAGAAAAAGGCUACAAGUCAGCUUCACAUUGCUAUGAUAAUGAAACAGCUUGAAGGCCUUAAGUUUCCUGUUUAUUUUCCUGACACUAGCAAGUUGUAUAGGCUUUUCUUGUUUAGUAUGGUACUGUAUAAUCUUUUAAAUGUGUUUGCUGCUGUUCUGAUGGUGAUGCUGCUGUUUUUAUCUGGCCUUUGUUCAGUUUUCAGUGAGUUAGUCCAACGUGUUGUCAGCUUGUUAUCUUACUUUAACCAUUUUCUGUUGUUGUUUUUUGUACAGUUUGUCACCCACCCAUUAUAAAAAGUUACAUGUACAUGUUCCUGUUUUGAUACAUAUAUCAUGCACUCUAUCUUUCAUGUCUAGAAAUAUUGCUGGAUAUUAGGCAUUGAGGAAGAGAGCUUCCUCAUCGUUUCCUUACAUUUAGCUAUACAUUUGUGGAAAAUUGUUAUAUGAUAUAUAUACAUGUACUUGGCCUUCGAGUGUUAUAACAUGGGUUGAUGUGGCUUGCUAAGAGAUGGCAAAUGUGCAACCUGUAUGCUGUAUACAAGAACUGCAAGUUUGAUGUGCAACAUAUUUAUUACAACAAUGAUGUGCAACAUAUUUAUUACAACAAUGAUGUGCAACAGGAUAUAAGAACUCGAAAGCUUCAGUCUCUCCUCCCACAACCAUAGUUACAGUGAUACUCUACCCAAGCAGCUUGAUUUUUUGCGAUACAAAACAUAGAAUUAUUGUUCAGUUUCAGCAAUGGGAAAUGGAAUUUUUUUUUUUUCACAAAAUACUCUUUAACUUAAAUUUAGUUCCCAAAGAAAUUACUGGAAGAUCUCAAAAGAUGACAACAAGAAAUGUCUUCUUAAAUUCUCAUAGUUUGUCAAGCUGCAGUGUAAAUGGACUGAGAUUAAAGUUAUAAAAUCACUCUUAAUCCAUGAUUUGUGGCCUGUAUACGGUAUACCCUGGCUGCGUUUUUGACAAUAACUUUUAUGACAUUGAAUUAAAUAGACCCAUAUUAUGGCAUAAGGCUCUACUUAAUCUAAUGGAGGAUCUCCUGGUCAACAGGACCAAAGGUUUGGUUUUUCAAGUUGAAAAGCAUUUCAAUAGCUGGUCCUUAGUUCUUGCAUUUAUUUUGGAGCAUUAUCAAUCUACGUAAAAAUUAUUGUUAUAUUGAUGAAUGUGCAAUAUUACAUUUAAUAUAUAUAUAUAUUAAAUUAAAACAUUGUCUCAACACACAAAGUUUGCUUUAUGUAUACCGUAAUAUAUAUAUUAUAUUUAUGAAGGGCAAGAGGGAAAAACCAGUGAUGUCAGGUUUUUGCAGUUUUGAGAUAAUCGAAAAGCAAACUUUAAAGAUUUAUAACUCUUUUUCUGCUACAAUGAUCUCUCCACUGUUUACAUUGACUUCCAAGUAUGACCAUUUGCAUUGUAAAUGAGAAAUUGUCACAGUCCUCAUAACAUGCGUGUUUCGGUGAUAGCAAAAUAGAAAAAUUAUGUAGCAAACUGACAGCGCUGGUUUUCCCCUUAUACGCUGUUGGAAAAGUCUCCACCUUCUAGGAAGUAAAUGAAUUAUGUGUUUCUUUACUCAUUUGUGAAUACAAACAAAACUAAAUGAGUCAAAUAAGAAAAUUGUGCACCGUUCUGUAAUAUUUACUUUUAUUCUGUUUAAUAUUCAUUUUCGGAUGACGACUCAGAGUCAUCAGACUCUUGUGUGGCACUUGGUCCUCCAGCAUGGGGCAGUUCGGAGAAAAGCUGUCGGACCAGAACACCUUAAGGACCUUCAUGUCUGCAAAUUUGACAGCUUUGAUGGUCAGCAGGCUCUUAUAGAGGGGUUUCAGGGGCUGGAGUCUUGCUGCAUGCUUCUUUUCCACCGGUUUCAUAAUGAUUGCGGAGUGAAACGGACCAUUCCAGCUCUCUCUAUACUGCAUUAGCUGUGGAUGGGCGUGUGAGAUGCAGAUAUCAAGCAGAGGUCGAGUGGGUAUAGGGAAAGAGACAUGGUAGUACAGUUUAAGGUUUUCGGACACAUUGUGAAAUACGGCUUGUGUCAUCCCCACUACUGAAGCAGUGAGGGUUUCCAAAGGGCUGUCUUGAAUUGCUCCACUCAACUGGCUGUCAUAUAUCUAAAGUGACCUUCUCAUUCACCACUGCCAUGUCUCUGUAGCGUUCCAUGUAGCUGUGGCCUCUCACUGGAAAUGAGAUUUUAAUUUGUUCAUACCUUUCCUGGUGGACAACAACACGAUAGAGAAAACAGAUCAGCGUCUAGAUCUUGUUCUGGCCUGUGCACGAGUUACAAUGCUGGCAGAAUGUGAAUAACGUAAGUACAUGUAGCAGCAUGCUGGCCACAUCGUCUCCACCCCUUUUGCCGACUGUCUCGUAGUAACAGUACAGGUUUACUGUUUUAUCACUUAGAGCGUAGAUUUUAAAGGUGAAGAAAGAUAGCUGCCAACGACUGUACAAAUUGUUUGCCAAGAUGUUUGGGCAGCCCAAGUUCUCCGAAAAUUCUAAGGUUAGCGUAACAUGGGUGCCGAUGAAUGAUUUUCCAGUUUAGCAGCGCAUAUAAGAACAGUGCGGGGGUUCGAGCCUCAGCUCAGUCUGACGCUGUGUUCUUGGGAAAGGCACUUUACAUGAAUUUCCUGUUUGGCUCGGUCCUUUCGGGGAUGGACUUAAACUUGGAGGUCCUGCCACUUAAAUGACCUAGUAGUGUUGACAGGGGCGUUGAAACUAUAACAUUUCACCUUUUUUCACUGAAAUAUGAUCACUGAUUGGUCACAAAGGGACGCAAUAAAGAAAAGUAUGCUUGA